AUGAAUGAGACCAGUGUGAAGAAUCCGGAGGAGGGGGGGUCACGCACGCCGCGGACCGCAGUAAAGCGCCCAAGAGUGGUGACGGAGGACUCAGCGCCUUUGCGUGAGGUUCUCAAGGCGUUUGGACAACGUGCGACUGCGCUUGACGGGGAGGUUGCCGCGUGUGACAACCCUCCAUUUGAGUUGCAAGCAAAAUUGUGGACUCUUGUCCUUGACAUUCGACCCUACGUGCUUGCGACGCUCUCGUCGAACGUGCUGGAGGUUCCCGAGGAGAUGAACAAUUUGUGCCAUGCUGGUUCCCGGCGAGUGUUGAAGUAUCUUUGGUUUGCUCUACGCAUUUACGUUAGCGUGGCUCGCAUUGCGGCGGUAGUUCCUGGCGUCCUCCUGCAUAGCAUAUUGACGCUCCUUUCCUUGCUUCCUGUGCUUGGAGCACCGCACCUGCUAGGCAAGGCGAAUGAGGAGACACUAUAUAAUGGCCUUUGCCAGGCCUUUAUUUUGCUCUCUUCCCGUUCUCCCUCCUUGUUUCGGCAGCUCUUUCAUGCCCUGUUGCGGGAUGACACGAUGGGUGCCUUUGUAUUUCCUCAUGCCACUGGGAAAGGACGCUCCUACGGGCGUUGCGUCAUCAAGAUUUCCGACCCGCCGGUGGUCCAUGGGGUCUCCUCCGACGCUGAGUCACUGUUUACAUCCACCAUUGUUGCAGAUAGCGUGUACGAAGGCGUUUGCGUGGCACGUGCAUUGUGCAACAUUAUGAGGGAGCUAUUCGAAAGUAACGUCCCGUUUCAGCCGACAUUGGACAGGCGAGACAUACUCUUGCGUUUAUCGUGCGGCCUCCUCACUCUGGACUUGCAGGAAGGUCCUUUGCACAUGUUAGCGUUCGGGUACAGUGAGCCGCUGGAGGGGGCUUCAGGUGGAUAUGCGCCGGACAAACCAGAAAUCGGCCUAGUGACGCCGUUUCAAACCAGUGCUGGGGCUCUCUUGCGGGUGAUGAUGUCACGCGGGCUGCUUAUCAAAUCGAUUCAUGGCCCUAGACUCCUUUAUACUUUGCUAGGCCACCUGUCUGAGAUGUCGUGCCCAGACGGGGUGGACUGGAAAGUAACGUGGGAAUUGGAGCUGCUCCGCUGGCUGACGGAAACCCGCGUGAAGAGUACAACUGCCUCCAAUUUGAUUAUCGCAGGGGAAUUGAAGGAAGGGGACGCGCUGGCGGGGGAUGAAGCCAUGGCUUCGCCGCACACAUUGCUAGAAACCUUAGCCGCAAAACCAAACGUGCUGAACCAUGUUAUCCGUGCUCUGAUUGGGUGUGUUCGUAGACAAACUUCACCAGAGUCACUCGAGACAGGUGCCGUACUGUUAGAAAUGCUCAAGAGGGCGAUGUCGCAUGUCAGUUGCAUUUCGAGCCGCCUGGAGGAGGUGUUUUAUGAUGUGGCUGCCGAGAUGAUGAAUGCGCUGCUAGAUUUUAGCAUCCUGCAGCCAAUGCUGUGGUUUGCCGAUGCGUCUCCCAGGCCGGGGGUGUUGCACCAAAUGCUCAAACUCUUCCCGCUGGCCGAGGUGCAGCCAGUUCUUCGGCGAGAGCUUGCUCUCCGUCGUGGGAAGGUGCCGAGGGAGGCGUAUUUGUUGGCCACAGCGAACGCAUCCGUUGUGCUCUGCGACAAAAAUUCUGUCGAGAAUACCUUUUCGCAGGCCUGGCAAUCUCUGCUGAGUGGGGAGAGUGUCAUGGCGGCGGAUGCGGUUAUCAUUCUUUUGCGAUCGACGCAGCAAGUGGAAAUGGAAGCAGUGGCGCUGAGUUCGCUAGAGGCGCUGGCCGCCGGCCGCGUGACUCUGCAGCGGCUGGAUUCCCCACUGCGUGUAGCGUUACUGUACGCGUCCCUUGUAGAAAGACUGCCUCUCAGCCGCGGUGGUAGCAAAGGCGCGUUGCUUGUUCUGAGGCAACUGCUACUGCCGCGGCAAGGGACGCUGGCCAUGGCGCUCUGGCGCACCAUUGGCGUUCUCCGUGGUUUUAGAAGGCGCAUUGCCAAACUGUGUCAGUCCAGCAUGGGUGAUGCGGCCUCCUCGCGCGGUGGCGAGGAGGAGCCAAGGGAGACUGCCUCCGCCGUCGUCCGCAACACCUUUGGGGAGAUUACCGGCGUCCUCGACGCGCUCGCCGAGAUCACGCCGAAUUUGUCGUUUGAGGAGGCUGCGAGUAGCGACGCACCGAUGCUGUUUUGGCAGCAAAUGGUGGCGCUUGUAACGGAGACGCUUUACGUGGCGGAGUUGCUGCGUGCCCGCGCGACUGCCUGCGGCACGCUGGCGGGGGCCCCACAGGCGGCGGAGGUGCUUGUCCUGGACGACGAGGCGGAGACGGAGAAGCCGCAGGAGACUCAGAACCUGGAGGAGGAUGUUUUUAUUCUGACCCCCAGCAAGCAACGUCGAGGGCGGCCGCAGCGGCGGGGCAGCAUCAGCGCAGAAGAAAAGGAUGAGGCAGAAGAAGUGUGCAACGACAGCGCCAACGGCAGUGGGGGCGGCGUUGAUGAGUUCUUGCGUGGCGUCAGCGCACCUAUGGAGGCCAUUGGCUGGGUGGCUCGCCAGGUCCUCUUUGCAAGGCCCUCGCAGGCAUCGGAUGUUCUCCAUGACGCACUGUUGUCGUUUAUUUGCUUGUGUGUCACGCUUUCCCCCGUGCGGUGGGACGCCAUGGAAGAAAUAGCCCUCGCACGUGGCUUGAAUCACAGCAAUCGUGUCAUUCGUCACGGUUACGCCGCGUUAGUGGUGCGCGUCCUACUCACUCGAUGGAACGACGCCAGCAUCGUGCGUGUGUUUCGGCAGAAUUUGACGCGCGCCGAAGGGGAUAAGAGGCUGCAACAGCACUUGUGCCUCGAGGCGCUAGAGGCCGCCUUUAGUGGCGAGUUUCACGCGGUGCUCCUGGAGCAGGGGAUGUGCCAUGACGGUUCUUCGCCCGUGGCUGCCUCGCUACCACUGGCAAUCACCCCAGCCCCAGAGCAAGGGCAGCAAGGCGCAGCCUGCAGGAGUGUUUUUGAGAUGUGCAUUGAAAUUUGGGAAAAUGACACCUUCACGAUGCUCACCAGGUCGACGGCGCUGACUGCGGCGCAUGCCAUUAUGUUUCACUUCUCCUGGUCACUGGCUGCGUUGUGCUGGAGGGACGCUGGCAUGAUUGACACCUCUUUUUUCGAGGCCAUGUGUGAUUUGGAGGGAAGUGUCGUGCAAGAGGUUGCCCUGGCUUGUCUCGAUGACGCCUUGCCCCACUGCGUUCUCUCCGAGAAGGGCAAGGAGAAGCUUCAAAGGAUAUCGUUGUUUGACGAGCCGCUUUCCGAACUCAGCGUGUUGCCUAGGGUUAUGGCGUACAUUUUGCUGGAGUAUGCCCAAGCACCGGUGGCGGAGAAGUUGGAAAAGGUGCAGAGGCUGCUGGAAUUUUAUUCAAUCCCUUUAGAGGACUUGCCGGAGAGGGUGCGCAACGUCCGUGCGCCGCUCAUCGUCAGUCUGCUCUACUUGGAGGCCGGGCGGCGGCUCCGUAGCGCGGACUUGCGGCUUGAGGCGGCUGAAGUGUGCCCCACGGAGGCCGGCAAUAGUGAGGCCGGCGGUGUUCUCUCCAACUUCAACCUCGCGGUGGAGCUGGCGCUGCGCGUUGUGGGGUGCACCCCUUCCGCGGAUGCGGUUUCGCAGGCGCUGGUGACGCCGGUGACAGUAAAGGCGGAUGUGACGGGGCUAACUGUGGACUUCUUUCACGUGUUGGAUGCUAUGGCGGAGCUUGUGGGCAUCGGGCCCUUCAUGGUGCCCCACGAUGUCUCUCCCUGCAUCGUGCGACGCUGCCUAUGCAGUCUGACGUUGCUAAUACAACUGCUUGGCUCGCACGCGACAACCAUUGCGCCCAAGCUGCCGGCCAUUUUGAUGCACUGCAGUGCACGACCACAGCUGCUGCGGCCAGUGUGUGUGGUCUGGCGUGAAUUGCUAACAAAUUGCACAGCAGAGUACCUCAAGGAACACGCUCUCACGAUAGUUGUGGAUCUCCUGAGCAUGGGGCAGCUGGCUGAGGAUCAUGGCUGGGGUGAUGAGGCAGAGGGAGGCCCCUUGCCUCUGUUGGAAGCCUCCAUGCGCAUCGUUUACAAGGCUUCUUCGCAGGAUACGUUCUGGAAGUGGUAUUUUCAGGUGAUGGGUGAGAGAAAUGCACUCAUCCGCCGAUUGAGGGGGGAGGGUGGCACUCAUCCGGCGCCCCUCUCAGAAACACGGGGUUUGGAAAAGGGACUGCCACACACGGGUUGUAACGCCACUGUCGUUGUUGCUGGUUUUCUGUCCGUGGUGCAGUCGGGCUCUGCCAAGUGCAACGAGGCGUUUGUCCGCGCCCUUUACCAAUAUCUCCGCAACAUGGAUAGUCAGGGACGGCUGGAAAUGACGCGGGCGGCUGAGUUGAGUCCGCAGUUUAUUCCCACGCUCCUCAACUGCGCCUGCGAGCUGCGCGAAGAUAACCUCGAGUGCAUUUUGUCUUGUGUGGGCAUGAUUGGCGCCGCAGCCCACUCGCACGCCCCAUUGCUUGCAACGGAAAGAGACACCUCUUCGCGUAGUGUCCCGAGGUCGUUUUCCCCGGCUAGCAGCGGUAGCGGGGCUUUGCGAGGCAUGCACUUUCUGCCAGGGGAAGUCCUAGACUGGCGUACGCUGGCACACAAGUUGCUCAGUGUCUACUGUCCGUGGUCUCUGGCAAACACUGCUGACCCCACCAAGCAUGACCGCGCUGCGUACGCUGUGCAACAGCUCUUGCGUGUUUGCACGGACGCCGAGCGACGACUGGUGGACCGCUUGCCUCUCGAAGAUACAGAACCUGUAGACGUUAAUGAGCUCCAGGAGUACUUGUGGUGGUCGCAGCUAGAGCCAAAGUGUCAGCAGCUUCUGGCGGGAUAUACCACGACCCGCUACGGCAAAAAAGUCAUGAGGGAGAGUGAACUGAGUAGUCCGGUGUACAAAGCUGGGCUCUCUUUUCAUGAUUGGCUAGACGCAUGGUUUUGCGACCUGGUCGAGCGCUGCGAGGGCACCUUUGGGCUCAUGAUGGGCUCGCUGCGCAACAUGGCAAAGGGCGAUCAGGUCCUCAUCACGUGCCUUGUUCCGCUCAUUAUUGUUCACCUGCUACGGAUGGGCAGUGAUGUCCAUUUCAAUGCGGUGUUGAAUGAGGUGACGAACUUGCUGCACCUCGCCUCGCCUGUCGCGCCAGACAAGGGGGGGCAGGAUGGCUCGCUGUAUUCGCAGGGCAUCAUGCGGGAGGUUGCCACGCCCGGGUCCCGGGCCACCGGCGUGGAGGAGCACGUGCAAGAGGUCUUUCAGAUUCUGGAGAACAUCGAGCACCUGCGGCUGAAUCUGCCCCGCAUCGUCCAUAAAAUUCGCGCGUCGCGUGCGGGGACGCUGGACCUCAUGGAAGUGACGCACGUGGAAGCCGUCUGUAAAAGAUUUAUUCUUCGUGUGCCUUGGACCAUAAGAGCCGCGGCGGCGGUGGGUAUUGGAAGCAACAUGCGUGCCCUGCGCCACAUAGAGAGCCAGCAGUACUUGCCAUCCGUGCACGAAGUUCUGAACCAGGACAUUUCCCUUCAGCGCAUUUUUGCAGCCCUCGGCGACAGGGAUUCGUCACGGAGCCUGCACCGCACACAAGUACACCAACCCGAGGAUUCAGCCUUUUCUUACGAGAACAACGGUGAAUGGGGUCUGGCGUUGCAGGCAAGCGAGUUGGUGCUGCAGCACCAGCCCAAUAGUAUUAACCAUCAGUUUACUCUUCUGCGUUGUAUGCAGCAACUCGGACAAUUGCACCUCAUGUCUCGCUACAGUCAAGCUUUGCUGAUGCAGUACUCACGCCUUCCAGGUGAGCACAGGAGAGGCGAUAGCCUUGAGUGGGAAGCAAAGAGGGCCGCAUUGCAGAACUACGCGAAUGAGGCUUCAUGGCGUCUUGGAGAGUGGGAACGUAUCGAGACUCGCCAGGACCUUCCCAUCAGCCUGGCGUCACCCAUUCGAGCCUUCACCAACUUACUUUACAGGCGAGGCACACUGAGGGAGGUGUUCUCCGCCUGUGAGGCGCAGCGGCAGAAGAUAGCGCCCGUCAUCCGCGCGGCCUUUAGGGAGAGUUACGCCCAGGUGCAUCCCCACGUCGUUGUCCUUCACGCCUUAGGGGACAUUGAAACCGCAACCGAGACCGUGACGUCGCUGCGAAGGGAGGGAAAGUUUGACGAAGAGGCGCUGCCCGUUCGUGACGCCUUUUUGAAUAGAAAGGCACUCCUUCAGAAGUUAGCCGCGUUGCUGCAGCAACGCGCCCGCCUAACGGAGACUGCACCAGAAACGCAGGAGCUAUUGAUCUCGCUCCAUCGCUCCAUUUUUAGGGCGCUUGACAUGAAAGAGGAGGUGACAAAGACGUGGAUGCGGCACGCGAAGAUGUUGCGGGAUGAGGGGCUUCGCGAGGCGGCAUUGAGUGCGGCCAAGCAGUCCAGACUCGGGGACGGCUACGUCGACCCGUCCUACUACACCACUGUGGCAAAGCUGCUGUACGAGAUGAACAUGCCAAACCAGGCCGUUGAAUUCGCCGAGAACGUUGUCAACGACGCGCUCGGUCCGCUUGUUACCCGCGCCAAGCUACGCCUGCUGGCCACGCGCUGGCGGCAAGAGACGGGGUUCCAAACCUCUCAGGAGGUGAUUGCGGGGUAUGUGUCUGCGCUGAAAAUGAAUGAGUCUGAGAAGGCCCACCACCACCUCGCCUUAUUUUACGAAAAACUGUAUCGCUCCAUUCAGAACUCGGCGCAGGAGGCGGGUGCGUCUCUGCGUGCCUCCCCCGAUGACGUGGAGGACAAGAAACUGGUGCGAAAUAUCGAGUCUUAUGUGUUACAGGCGAUUCACCAUUUCGGGCUGGCGCUGCGGCUGGGCAGCAAGACGAUGGUUGUCUCCCUCCCUCGCAUGCUGACACUGUGGCUCAAUUGCUCCACCCCGCUGGCCGCGCUAACCGCAAAGUUGGGCUCAGCCGCGCUCCUUGCUGAUUCGCUGCUUAAAAAGCUGAAUGAAAUGAUGGAGCGCUUUCUUCUUCAACCAGGCACAAGUUUGCCGGUCACACAACUCAUUACGGCCCUUCCGCAGCUGUUGUCUCGCAUUGGUCAGGACAACACGCGCGUGGUCGGGAUCGUCACGGACACCAUUGUUAAACUCAUGGUGGAGUUCCCGCAGCAGUGCCUGUGGCAGGUGCUUCCGAUUACUUUUGGCAAGCAGCAUCAGCGCAGCGAGACAGCGAGGAACGCGAUCGUUCGCAAGUUUGUAGACCGCGUCCCGAACCAAGGAAAGUUCGUUGAGCGCAUGCGUGAUUUCUUCAAGUCGCUUAUUGAGCUCUGCAACUGCCCUGCCGCAAGCCUUGUGGCUAGCCGUUCAUCGUCGCAGGCGUCACUUGCCGGGAAGCCCUUUAUGCAGCGGAUCCAGCUGAUCCUGCCAGAGACACGCAUCAUUCUGCCAACGAUGGCCAACCUGUCACCGAACGUCAUGCGCGUGACGGAGAACACGGCUGUCUUUGCUGGCUCUGCGGCGUUUCAUAGCGUGGAGGAGCGUGUCACCAUUAUGAGUUCACUGCAGAAGCCCAAGCGCAUAACGGUCAUCAGCGAUGAGGGGGCGCCCGUUCCGUUCCUCUGCAAGGCGCGGGAUGAGCCGCGAAAGGAUAUGCGAAUGAUGGAGAUUGCCUCCUUGAUGAACACCUUCUUCCUCACGGAUCCGGAGCCGAGACGCAAGCGGUUUGCGCUGCGCCGGUACGCCGUCACCGCCCUCAGCGAUGACUGCGCCAUUAUCGAAUGGGUCAACAACCUCGUCCCCUUUCGGAGGGUGGUUGAGGACUGCUAUGCCAUGGAAGGCACAGGUGUGCGCGUCUCGCAGGUAAAGGCGUGGAAGGCCAUGGUGGACAGCGGAUCCCUCACCAAGAUCGACAUGCUGCGGAAGCACAUCUUCCCCAAAACCCAACCGGUGUUUCACAACUGGUUUCACGGCCACUUCCUGAGUCACCAGGAGUGGUUUAAUGCGCGUAACUGCUACACGCAGGCCACGGCGCUGUGGAGCAUUGCGGGGCACAUCGUUGGCCUUGGCGACAGGCAUGGCGAGAACCUCAUGUUGGAUUUGCGUUGCGGGGAGUUGCUGCACGUGGACUUUGCGUGCCUCUUUGACAAGGGUGAGUCACUAGAAAUCCCGGAACGGGUACGAUUUCGCCUGACUCAAAACGUGGUUGACGGAAUGGGGAUACUUGGCGUCGAUGGGCCCUUUCGCGCCUGCUGCGAGUUGGCCCUCCGCUGCCAGAUGAAAAACAAAACCGCCGUCAUGAGCGUUGUGGAGACGCUCCUGCAUGACCCCCUCGUUGAGUGGACGCGGCACUCCUCGUUGCGUCAGAAGAACUUUGAUCCCAGGCAACUGAUUGGGCGCGUCUCGCGGCGCCUGGACGGUUUUCUUGACCUGUACAGCUCCACCCGCGAGAAGGACACGCUGGCGCUCAGCUGUGAAGGCCAAGUCUCGCGCCUCAUCAGCCACUCCUCCGCGGUCGAAAACCUCGCGGAGAUGUACGUCUGGUGGAUGCCGUGGCUGUAG